AUGUCGGAACGCACGACGCGAAAGUCCUCCGCUCCAGGCCGGGGAAUAGGCGUCGAUGGGAACCCCAGGCAAUCGCGCCCCUCUGGGCCCAUUCGGUUCCGGUGCGGGUUCCGCAACACGGUCCUCGACGUCCUCAGGGAGCGUCCGGGCUGGGUGGAGGUAGACACGGACUCGGACAACUGGGAUUUCUUCUGGUCGGACGUGUCGUGGGUGCACGAGAACCUCGACGGCGCGCACCUCGCGGAGCACCAGCGCAUCAACCACUUCCGGAACCACUACGAGCUCACCCGCAAGGACCACCUGCUGAAGAACGUGAAGCGGCAACAGCGCGCGCUCGAGCGGGAAGCGAACGCGAUCGCCGCGCGCGAGGAGGCCGAGGCGAACCUGGGCUCGAAGGGCGCCGCGGCGGGACGCGUGCAGCACACCGCGCCGUUCGGGGGCGGCGGCGGCACGGCGCGGCGGCGCGGCGCGGGCGGCGGGAGCGGGAGCGGCAACGGCGGCGCGGGGACGGACGGCGACGGCGCGACGGGCACGGUGGGGGAGUUCUUCCCCUUUUUGCCCAAGUCGUACGUGCUCCCCCUGGAGUACAACUUGUUCGUGGAGGAGUUCAAGCGGCGGCAGGGGGGCGACCCGGAGCGCAACGUGUGGAUCAUGAAGCCGAUCGGGCGCGCGCAGGGCAAGGGGAUCUUCCUGAUCACGAAGCUCUCGCAGAUCAGCGACUGGAAGAAGGGCGUCGGGUGGUCCAAGGCGGAGAGCGCGGAGAAGGGCGUCGAGUCGUACAUCGUGCAGUCCUACAUCCACAACCCGUACCUCAUCGGGGGCAAGAAGUUCGACCUGCGCAUCUACGCGCUCGUGACGAGCUACCGCCCCCUGCGCGCGUACCUCUACCGCGGCGGCUUUGCGCGCUUCACCAAGACGCGGUUCUCGAUGCACCGCGGGGCGCUCGAGGACCUGUACGUGCACCUGACGAACACGGCGGUGCAGAAGCACAACCCGGACUACGACGCGAGCCGCGGCGCGAAGUGGAGCCUGCACGCGCUGAAGCAGUACAUGGCCAGCCACCACGGGUGGCGCGCGACGGACCAGUGCUUCGGGAUGAUCCAGGCGCUCAUCCUGCGCGCGCUCAUGGCCGUCGAGGGCAUCCUCAUCCAGGACAAGCACUGCUUCGAGCUGUACGGGUACGACGUGAUGAUUGACGCCGACAUGCGGCCGUGGCUCAUCGAGGUGAACGCGAGCCCGAGCCUGAGCGCGGACACCCCGAGCGACUACGCGCUCAAGUACGUGAUGCUCAACGACAUGGUCGACGUCGUCGACAUGGAGGGCGUGAGGCCCCCCGGGGAGGUCCCUGCCAAGGUGGGGGGGUUCGACCUCAUCUACGACGGGGGGCGGCCCGUGCAGCGGGAGCGGCCGUCGACGUACAAGUGCCUCCUCGGGGGGCACAACGACAGCAAGCACUGGCAUCGCGUGCCGCCCGGGCGGGGCGCGAAAGUGGGGAUGGCAUAG